GGAUAGAAAACAGAUAGACCAAAGCCAAAAACGAGUGGCUUUCAAUAGCUAUCUUCCUUCCAACUCCAACACAUCCCCUUUUAACACUCCCCCAUGGAAACCCAGAAAAGCCCACCUUGUAAAUCAUCAUGGCCAACAUAGUACUUUCUCUCUCUACCUCUUCUUUCUCCUCCCACUCCUACCCCACCAAACACACCUCAAGUCUCACUCCCAUGGCUACUGCAAUCAGAACCAAAGUAGUUCCUGCUGUGAUUGUCGGCGGUGGAAGGGUCGGCAGAGCUUUGCAGGACAUGGGUAAUGGUAAUGAUCUUUUGGUGAAGAGAGGAGAACCUGUGCCGCUUGAUUUUAAAGGUCCGGUCUUGGUAUGCACGAGGAACGAUGAUCUCGAGGCUGUUCUUGAUGCCACUCCUCGGUCUAGAUGGGACGAUUUGGUUUUUUUCCAGAAUGGGAUGCUGGAACCAUGGUUUGAAAGUAAAAAUCUUGGUGAUGCGGAUCAAGUGUUGGCAUACUUUGCAAUAUCCAAGCUUGGGGAACCUCCUAUUGACGGAAAGACUGAUACGAAUCCUGAAGGACUCACAGCAGCGUAUGGUAAAUGGGCAUCUGCGGUAGCAGAAAGAUUGCAUGCUGGAGGCCUCUCUUGCAAGGUUCUCAACAAGGAAGAAUUUCAGAAGCAGAUGCUAGAAAAGCUGAUAUGGAUUUCAGCAUUCAUGCUUGUUGGAGCUCGCCAUCCAGGGGCAACUGUAGGAGCUGUAGAGAAAGAAUACCGCUCUGAAGUGUCUAGCCUCAUUACUGAACUUGCAUCAGCAGCAGGAGCAGAAAAGAGGUUGGUCUUUGAAGAAGCCAUGGAGGAGAGAUUAUGCGCUUACUCACGAUCCGUUGCACACUUUCCUACUGCAGUUAAAGAGUUCAAAUGGAGGAAUGGCUGGUUCUACUCUCUUUCUCAAAAGGCAAUUGCCGAAGGAAAGCCUGAUCCAUGUCCUCUGCACACAGAGUGGCUCAAAGAGUUGAAAAUCGUCUAGAAAAUGUGAGCUUUUGGCAUAUUAACAAAUUGAAUUUAGUUAUGAAUCUGGUUGUGUUCAUAAUCAACUGCUUACUUAAGAACACAGUCAGGGAAUUUAAUCCACAAGUUCUCUGGCGUUUGUUGUUUCUUUAGAAAUGGUUCGUUCAUGCAGCACACAGAAACCAGAGGAUGAUUAUAAUAAUUUUGUUAUAACAAUGUUGUUUUGGUUUUUUAAAAUAUAACGUUGGUGAAUGUUGUUUUGGUUCUUACAA